UAUCUAUGUGUAGCAGUCGACAAGGGAAGUGUUGUUGUUCCGAAUGACAUGAAAAAUGGGAUGUGGUGGCAGUACGCUAGAAAAUGAUAGCCCUACAGGAUUAGUGUUACACAAAAGAGACAAAAUUACCAUUCAUCUUCAUGUAGGAAAAGAUGUGAAGGUUUUGCCUACAAAACCACAAGUAAUCGUAGUGUUUGGAGGUCCUGGAAGCAGAAAAGGGAAGCUUCUUGAUGAUGUCUCACAUGUCUAUGGUUUGAAAUUGAUAAGCACAGAAACAAUUCUUAUUGAAGAAUUGUCCAAGAAGUUAGAUGACCCAACUUCCAGCAAGAGAACAGAGGAUAUUGCAGCUCUGAUAAAAACUCAACCAGAAUUGUUACGAUUGCAAUGGGUAUUCAGUCAAGUAUGCAAUAAGAUAGAGAAAGAAGGGAAGAAUAACUGCUUUCUUUGGGACUUCAUGCCAAACCUGAAAUUUCUAAUGGCUCCAUUUAGAAAUGCAAAGGAGUGUGAGAAUGAUUUUAAGAUUUAUGAAAACAAGUUUCCGAUCUCAUUUGCUAUCAAUUUCACUGUUACAAACAAAAAGAAUAUCAUGGCACCUCAGUGUGCUGUUCCAGUAAUUGCAGAACAGAAGGAUACCAAUACCCCAGCAGGUCAACCCAAGCAAUCAGACGAGGCAGAUACUGGUAGACUUGCGAAAAGAGCUCGUUUGUAUGCAGAGUGUGUUGAAAUAUUCACAGAGUACUUCUCCAAAAGAGAGAAGCUUGUAUCCAUGGAUGUAUCCUCUAAAGCUAAGGAAGAUAUAUGGGAUAAAGUAUGUGAAUUCUUCUCAAACCUAGAAAUUCCACAUGUAAGAAAUGUAGACACAGUCAUCUUUUUUAUAUUUGAUGACAAAGAUGCUCAAAAUUAUCAUACAGACUUUCUUGAUGCCAAGCGUGUCAAUGUUCGGGAUAUGGCAGUCAACAUAUCAGCACCACCGGAACGAAUAAUUCCAGCAGUAUGCAAGUACAUUGAUGAUACAUAUCCAAUACAGAAGAAAUUCAUUGUAGAUCUUCAUCAAUCUAGUAUAACAAGAGAUUGUAUGAAAAAGUGGGUCCUUCUCAAAAAGGCUUACAAAUCUCUUCUGGACCCAAAGAAAGUCAUUCAAUUCAGGGAUAUAGCAGAAAAUGUUGAUGUGCAAAGGUACAUUCCCUUGCAAACGAAGUCUAAGCACAAGCUCCCAAAAGUGUCUGCUCUCUGCUCAUCUGAAAAUGAGGUAUGUCUUUUCCCGUCAGAUGUACCUCAUGGUCUCUGUAAGUAUGUUGCUGGAUUGUACAGAACUUACCAGGAGGUUGUGAUAUCCAGAUCAACAUGAGGAGAAUAGUUUUCCUAAGACCAGUUAGCUUCAUAUGCUAAGCUGCAAAAAGUAUUUGAAGACAUACGUAUGGAUGCUAUUUCCAGUGUCCCGAAGCACCUAAUAAUCAUAUUUCAUUCAUUGAUAUGCCCUAUUUCUGUGAUCUUUGAGACUUUGACUAUCAGUACAGUCUAAUUAGACAUUUAUAUUUUUAAUAUUUUUUCAAACCUCUGACUUUAUAUGUACCUGUUUUGUUAUUUUUAAUGUAGUUGAAUUUAAUUUUUAAGACAGUUGAAAAUAAAUCUCAAGAGAAUA